AAACUCCAACGCAAUUAGUUUCUUUUUUACGCGCAGUUUCUCCAAAAUAUUAAUUUCACUAAAAACUUCUAAAGUUUAUAAGUUGAAUUUGUCCGAUUUUGUUCAAAGAUUUAGUAUUUUUUGGAUUAAUUUAAAAAAGGUAAGAUUUUUCCUUUUACCAUGAUUCUAUUUCAGUCAAAUUGCUUUUCUUUUCUCGUUUCUCAUUUUUCCCUGCAACCAAACAUGUAAUAACACAAUCCAUUUCAAAUUUAGGUAUCUUAACUUUAAUUUCUUUAAUGGGUCAAUAAAGUCGCGAAUUUCAACUGCAAUUUGUUUUAGAAAUAACAAAUUUGAUUUUCAUUUGAAUUACGCUUCAAUCUCAUUUCGUUUCUUUUUUUCCCCCUUUUUCUAUUGAUUUUGCUGUAUAGGUUUCUUUAUUUGUAUAUUAGAAAUCAUACAAAUUAUAGAUGGACAUUAAUGAGAUUAUUGGAGAGACUGCAAAGUCCAUGAAUCUGCCAGCAAAGAGUGCAAUUUAUGUGUGGGGUUAUAACCAGAGUGGGCAAACGGGAAGGAAAGGCAAAGAAGGCCAAUUGCGAAUUCCAAAGCAGCUCCCUCCUGAGCUCUUUGGGUGUCCAGCUGGUGCCAAUGCUCGCUGGUUAGACAUAGCUUGUGGCCGUGAGCAUACUGCAGCUGUAGCCUCUGAUGGGUCGCUUUUUACUUGGGGUGCUAAUGAAUUUGGUCAACUGGGAGAUGGCACUGAGGAGGGUCGCAAGUACCCAAAGAGAGUAGACCAAUUGGAGGCAGAGUUUGUGAAAUCUGUAUCUUGUGGAGCACACUGCACUGCUGCUAUUGCAGAACCACGUGAAAACGAUGGAACCAUCUCAAAGAGUAGACUAUGGGUUUGGGGACAAAACCAAGGAUCAAAUUUUCCACGUUUAUUUUGGGGGGCCUUCAAACCAAAUACGAUUAUCCGUCAAGUGUCCUGUGGUGCGGCUCAUGUGGUGGCUUUAUCAGAGGAUGGCCUACUACAAGCUUGGGGGUACAAUGAAUAUGGUCAGCUUGGCAGAGGUGUUACUUGUGAAGGACUGCAGGGAGCUCGUUUAAUAAAUGCCUUUGCGAAGUUUCUUGAUGAAGCCCCUGAGCUUGUGAAGAUCACCCAAGUGUCAUGUGGGGAGUAUCACACAGCUGCCAUUUCAGAAAAGGGCGAGGUCUAUACUUGGGGUUUAGGAAAUGUGGGCCAACUUGGGCACACUUCUCUUCAGUCCGGGGAUAAAGAGCUACUGCCUAGGCGAGUGGUUGCCCUUGAUGGAAUUUUCAUAAAGGAUGUUGCAUGUGGAGGUGUACACACAUGUGCUGUGACUGAGAAAGGAGCUCUUUAUGCUUGGGGCAGUGGUCAGGUAGGGCAAUUGGGCCUUGGUCCCCAAACUGGAUCUUUUUCAUUCAUUCCGAGCGAUUCUGAAUCAUUUCUUCGAAAUAUCCCCGCUUUGGUUCUUCCGAAUGGAGUGCAACUUGUUGCUUGUGGACAUUCUCACACGCUUGUUUCUUUGAGGGAUGGAAGAAUACAUGGAUGGGGCUAUAAUAGCUAUGGGCAGGCAGCUAAUCAGAAAACUACUUAUGCUUGGUAUCCAUCACCAGUUGACUGGUGUGUAGGAGAAGUGCGAAAACUAGCAGCCGGUGGUGGCCAUUCAGCUGUGUUGACUGAUGCUUGUUCCCUAAAAGAAUUGUGUGAGUUUAGACUUGCAGAUAGUGUGACACUAUCGAACGCUUUGCAGAUCGAGGAUGUUGCAUCUAGAACUGGAGCAGAUGCUUUAGCACGCCUUUGUGGAAGAUUGAGGGAGCAUUUGCUUGAUGGUGACGAGGUAGAUUAUGAAGAAUAUUCUCAGCAGUGAGAAGAGCUGAUCGAAAAAUUGAUUUGAAGAUUGCUGAAUAUUAUGUCAGUCUAUGUACAUAUAUUAGAUGACAAUGGGUGGUAUCUCUGAUAUUUUGUAAGCUGGUCUUAGUAGUGUAUUUCCAGUCAGCCACCUAGAUGAUGGAUUAUUCCAUGAUUGUAUGACUAACAUUCAUCCACUUGAUGAUGAACUUGUAAUUGUACAUUCAUUAAAAUAUUUAUAUGAUAUGAUAAAACUUGUUA